AUGUCCAGUAAUAGUGAGGCUCUACUUGACUCGACUACACGAAUAAGAGUCAGCUCAGCCCUUGACAAGUCGGUAGGCAAGAAGUACCUCACCGACGGUAGUUCAGAAACAUGUUGGACGUCCCAACAGGGUCUCCCUCAAUAUAUUCAUGUUUUCUUUGAGUCUGCGGUCAUCCCGCGAACAGUCCAUCUCACUUUUCAAGGCGGAUUCGUUGGAAAACGAUGCCUUCUCCAGAUUUUACCUUCCUCCGCGGGAGAAGAAACUCCUGCUCUGAAAGAUCUGACGACAGUUUUUCCUGAAGAUGUCAACAGAAAACAGUUUUUCGAACUACCAGAAACGGGACCCAUCGAACAGCUGAAACUCAUAUUCGAGGAAAGCUCUGAUUUCUUCGGUCGAAUCACUGUCUACGAUAUCCAAAUAGAGGGCCAGCCCGCUGCAGAAACCCAGGCUGAAGAAAUUUAA